UGUAAAAUUUGUAUAUUACAUUUACAUGAACCACUGGAUAUGACAGUCACGCUCUAAGCAAAAGCUCCUCUUCUCUUCUCUCUCCCCUGUGCUUGUUUCUAAGACGCCAUGUCUUCGAAGAAGCUAAGUUUCACGGGCCUCACCUCAACCAUCAAUUCCCUCCCGCUCUCUCUCCGCCCGAGGAAGAAGCUCCAUUUUGAUGUAACCUUUACCCUGCAAGAGCUCAUCAACUGUACGCUCCUCACUGGAGUCCUCUAUGCUAAAAUACAGCUCAAGGACGGGGGGAACUUCAGUGAAGCAUCUGAUAGGAAUGACGUUGAGAAUCAUCGUGUGAUUUGGGACCAGGACUUUAACUUCACUUGUAAAAUGUACGUGAAUGCAACCUCUGGAGUGUUGGAACCAGCCUGGUGCAAGAUAUCGCUCAGAAAAGAAAGUAAAGGAGGAAGAACAUUUACAAAGCUUGGUUUCGUAAAGAUCAAUCUUGCUGAAUAUGCUGGAGCUGGCACUAAGCCAGGGAAGUAUUUACUGCAAAGCUACAAUGAGAAUAAACACAAACUGGACAAUUCUGUACUAAAGGUCAAAGUUUAUUUACGGCAAACAUCUGGAGACAUCGUUUUUAAAGCUCCUGAUACGAGAGGUUUUGACCUUCCUCAGGUGGUCACUGGAGAAGAGGACGAAGGGUUUCAAGACGACUGGCUCUCUAAUCUUUAUGGGCGGGGCCACCGAGCAAGCACUGGGAGCACAAUGAGCUCACACAGUACUGGUACUAAUAUUACCUGGUCCAGUCACAGUAGCAGUGCUGGGAAUCUUAAGGCAAGUACGAGUGAUAUUUCAAAAGAACCUUCGAUGCUGUUUCUUGAAAAGGGCGGAGCUGAGAGUGAAAUGAGAGGUGCAGUGGGUGGGGCACUAGAAGAGACUGUGGGCGUGGCAAUGGGCGGAGUCAGUAGAGGGGACGAGAGUGGCUCCGAAGAGACUGUAGUUGAACAAUGUCCAUCACAGAUUACCGUGGGAACACUCCAAACAAAUUCGAGUAAAAAUAAAUCAGAGAGCGAGAGUGAGAGUAGCCUUUCCUCUUCAAAUGAGACCACACCUCCUCUGGUCACUGAGUUAGUCCCGCCCACGCCCACUAACGAGGAAGACUCAAGGUCCGAGAGACUCACAAACAGUUUUAGGGACCUUCGCCACUCACCAGGACUCCGGAAGCAAGAGAGGGAGGGGUCACCGCUGGGGCUCCUCCCACCUCCAAUGAGACGGCCUAAGUUAGGUCCCAGCGUCCAGGGUUCUCGUAUUACGGCUAGUUUCAGCUCUGGAUCUCACCGACGGCAGGCUAGUAUGGGAGGAGGAGGAUCCAACCCACAGACACCCUCUCCUCUUAUAAUGGGGAACCAUAAGAGGCACAGUAGCGUCAGUGUGUUAUCUCAACGGGAAUAUCUACAAGAUGCUGCAUCACUGAGCAGUAAUAAAACUAAGAUCUCAGUGUUAUCAAUGUUAGAGCAAUCAAGAGUUGAUACUGAAUCACUCGUGAAUCAACUCAUAGCGAAUCAUGAUCUGACACCAGCCUCUGAUGAUGAAGGUCAGAGUAAUCUUAAGCUUUAUGUUGAUAGACAUUCUGGUGGUGUUACUCUUGCUGGUCAUGACCUUGAUAGGUCACGCUUUAAAGAGAUACAUGUUCAUGAUGAAGAGUCCAUUCACCGACCCCCCAGACGACAUAAAACUUUAGCCAGCUCCGGACCGCCCAAGAAAGACAAGACCCCUUCUCCUCCGAUAUCUAAACUGACUAGUAAUUACACCUCAGCAUCAGUGCACAAAUCAAAUUGACCACGCCUCUUUCUCCUCCCCUCCCUCUCACUAAUAAUUAAUAAUAAUAAUUCAUUUUAAUUUAUUUCAUCACUUUUCUCUCUCCCUAUUUUGUAUCAUUAUUUUUCAACAGAUAUACUGUUAACCAUGUAACCCCUUACCAAGAAUAUGUAAUAUUUACAUUAUUCUUGCUUCUAUCUAUCUAUUAUUAUUAUUGUUAUUAUUAUGUACAGUUUAUUAAAAUAAAAUACACAUACAAUAUGGUUAUAUAAUAUAUUAUGUUCUAGUCCCAUGA